AUGAAUGAUACCUCUUUUGAAGAUAUUUACAAAUUUGAUGAAGAAAAAGAAAGAAAAGUCUUGCGCGAAGCACCAUGGAAACACGAUCCAUUCUAUUUCAAAUCUGUCCAUAUUGAUGCUGUUGCUCUUUUGAAAAUGCUGCGACACGUGUCGCAAGGAAUGCCUUUCGAGGUCAUGGGCUACGUACAAGGGAAGGUGAAAGACAACAAGUUAAUCAUUUUGGACGCCUUUGCUCUUCCAGUGAAAGGAACGGAAACUCGCGUAAAUGCUCAUGAAGAAGCUGAUGAGUAUAGUGUCCAGUACCAAACCUUGUGCAAGUCUGUUCAUCGAUAUGAAAACGUCGUUGGUUGGUAUCAUUCUCAUCCAAACUACGGUUGUUGGCUUUCAGGGGUUGAUGUUGAAACACAAAAGCAAAACCAGCGCUUUCAAGACCCAUUCGUCGCAAUAGUCAUAGAUCCUAAACGUUCCUUGGAAUCUCAUUACGUCGAUAUCGGUGCUUUUCGCACUCAUCCUGAAAAUAUGAACAAACACACAUUUUCUCCUUUCAAAAACCAAGAUAUCUUUCUCUAUGAUAAUCUGCCUUCCUCCAAAAUCGCCGAUGCUGGUGCCCAUGCCGACGCCUAUUAUUCGCUACCUAUCUCUUAUUUUCAUUCCCCUACGGAAAAGAAAGUUACAGAGUUUUUAAAGACGAGAAAAUGGUCUGAAACCAUAUCCAGUCCGUCAAUCUUAGAGGACCCGUCUUUUUUUAAGAAAUCUGAAAAUUAUCUUUUGGAAUCCAUUGUACAGGCAACUGUAAAACGUCCAUCCUCUAGUGUUCAGGAAUUUGAACAUACCAAACCAUAUUACAGGGAAGCCAAUUCAUUUUUGUCUCAGUUGGAGCUUCAAGAUCGAUUAUUUAAAAAAUGA